AUGUGUAAAUUUUUAUUGUUUUCAAAAUAUGAAAUUUACAUUUCUGGUAAAUUAACAAUUAUUCUUGUUUCAAAUUUAAAAUGUGAUCAUUUUGGGGUUGGUAUUUUAAAACAACAAGAAACAUCAGAAUUACAACAAGAUGGUGGUUUUGAAGGUUCACCAUUUAAAAUUAUGUGA